GGCUCUCUUUUAGCUGCACGCAGUUGAGGUCUUUGCGGUGAGAGAGAGAGAGCCCUCGCUUCCUCUUCUCCCUCUCUCCGAUCGCCCCGAGCCCUAGCUUCCAAAACCCUAAUCCUACGGGAUUAUCGGCUGUUUUUGGUUCUAUUUUGGGAAAUUUGUGCUCUUUCUACUGUUCGGUCGUAAUUAGGGCACGGAAGAGUAAUGGCGGUCGCUUCUCGGCCACCGAUUAACCGUAUUCGUGGUUCUGAGGUGGUGGAUGCACCUUUUGGUGCAAAGUGUAAUGGGGAGUGAAGGAGAGUUUUGUGCGUUUCGUCUCUUUGGUGAGAGAGAGGGAGAGGAGUCGCGGCGAAUUCGUUUGGGUGUUUCUAGGGUUAGGAGAGGGCGACGAGUGGUGGUUGGUGCGAGCCCUCCGACGGAGGAUGCUGUGGUUGUGACGGACCCCCUGACAAAAGAGGAUCUUGUGGGGUACCUUGCUUCCGGGUGCAAGUCCAAGGAGAAAUGGAGAAUUGGUACCGAGCAUGAAAAGUUUGGUUUCGAAUUUGGAACUUUGCGGCCUAUGAAGUAUGAGCAGAUCCGUGACUUGCUGAAUGGUCUUGCAGAGAGAUUUGAUUGGGAUAGAAUAAUGGAAGGAGAUUAUGUUAUUGGCCUAAAACAGGGAAAGCAAAGCAUCUCAUUGGAGCCUGGUGGCCAAUUUGAGCUUAGUGGUGCACCUCUUGAGACAUUGCAUCAAACUUGUGCCGAGGUCAAUUCACAUCUUUAUCAGGUGAAAGCUGUGGCAGAGGAAAUGGGGAUAGGAUUUCUGGGAAUUGGUUUUCAGCCAAAGUGGGGUCUUAAGGACAUACCUAUCAUGCCCAAGGGAAGGUAUGAAAUCAUGAGGAAUUACAUGCCUAAAGUAGGUACUCUUGGUCUUGAUAUGAUGUUCCGGACAUGCACUGUACAGGUUAAUCUCGACUUCAGUUCCGAACUGGAUAUGAUCAGGAAAUUCCGUGCCGGUCUUGCUCUACAGCCUAUUGCAACUGCAAUAUUUGCUAAUUCGCCCUUCACAGAAGGAAAACCAAAUGGUUAUCUUAGCAUGAGGAGCCAUAUUUGGACUGAUACAGACAAUAAUCGCACGGGUAUGCUCCCAUUUGUUUUUGAUGAUUCUUUUGGAUUUGAACAAUAUGUGGACUAUGCGCUGGACGUUCCUAUGUACUUUGUCUAUCGAAACAAGAAGUAUAUCGAUUGUACUGGAUUGUCCUUCCGGGAUUUUAUGGUAGGGAAGCUUCCUCCUCUUCCUGGGGAACUCCCGACUCUGAAUGAUUGGGAGAAUCAUCUAACAACAAUUUUCCCUGAGGUUAGACUGAAAAGGUACCUGGAAAUGAGGGGUGCUGAUGGCGGUCCUUGGAGGAGAUUAUGUGCUUUGCCAGCGUUUUGGGUUGGCUUAUUAUAUGAUGAGAUUUCACUACAAAAUGUUCUAGACAUGACUGCUGAUUGGACAAAAGAAGAGAGAGAAAUGUUACGGAGAAAGGUUCCAGUUACUGGUCUGAAGACGCCAUUUCGAGAUGGACUGUUAAGACAUGUUGCUGAAGAUGUUCUAAACAUGUCUAAGGACGGAUUGGAGAGAAGAGGUUACAAAGAAACUGGUUUUUUGAAAGAAGUUACUGAAAUAGUCAGAACUGGAGUGACACCAGCUGAGAAGCUUCUAGAGCUGUACCAUGGGAAGUGGGGAGGCAGUGUAGAUCCAGUUUUUGAAGAGCUCUUAUAUUGAAGUGUGCGUGUUGUUCCCCGGUUUAGUGCACUUACAUUUCCACGUCAAAGCUUCUUUUGGCGCCCCCACAAUUUAUACAUACAAAGAAAGGGCCAUAAAAGCCCGGAAGGCAAUCUGCAUGGUGAUAACUGAUAAGAGCUCUGAUCAAGUGUUUGCAUUGCUCUUCAUGUCCGAAGUGCCAAUGGUUUCUCGUUAUCUUCUGCAAUUUGCUUAACCAACCAAUGAGUGCUUUCACACAAGUAAGUUUCUGAUGUAAUUUAAAUUUACUAUGUGCUCUUAAGUUUCUAAUGUAAUUUAAAUUUACUAUUGUGCUCUAAAGAGCUGUCUUUUGGGCUCGUGAAUAUGUAUGGUUUUGGAGGACUACAUCGGUAGCUGCAGGUCGCAUGAAUGCUAAUUAAACUUUUCGGAACCUCAUUUGACUUCUCCUUGCCCCUUCUAUUAUAUGAUUACAAUAAAAUGUAUGAUAACAUGUAUGUCGCAUGUA